GAUGAUGUCCACAGGUGACCACAGUCAUCAGGUGAUGUCAGGUGAUGUGUGUUUAUAGCAGGUAACAGGGUACAGGGUAACCUACAGGACGUGUGAUACAGUUAAAUCGAGGAUCUGUGUGACCUGUUGGAAAAGUAUCUCUGGAUUGUCUCAACUAUUUAUUCUAGUCAGAAGCAAGAUUAAACAAAGAGCAAACCGAGCAAAGCAUCCGUUCAGUGGCUGAAGGACGUUCUUGUUGAAGAACAGACUCCCUGUGUUCUUCAUGAGUUCCUUACACACCAUCUCAGAGCUCGCGGAGCCUGACGAGUCUCUGGAGCUUGCGUCUGGAGCUCAGCGCAUCCACCGGACCAGCAAAGACUGGAGUUUAACACAUGAAGAGCUUCAAGUGCCUACUAGACACCAUGAUAGACGGACAACUAAACGGACAAGCAAGUCACCUUCUCAUAAGCAGGUGAAUCUGCCGCAGUGGCUGGUGAAUCUGAUGUGGGACAUCGAGGAGGCCACGACACAUGAGCUGACCAUUGAGUGAAGAUCCCUCAGACUGUGAGCUUUAACAGCCAACACAUCUUCUGCUUUCGCCUCUCUUGACAUCUGAGGUCAUCAUUGGUUUUCGUAUAAUUUUUUUAUUUUUUUCUGUAGUUUAAUUCUCCAUCUCCAGAGGCCUGUUUUUGUUCUUCUUGCACAAGCUAUGGCUGGACUUGUGUGGGUGGGAUGUAAAUGAUUUGCUCGUGGUGUGUGCGUAUAGGCACUGAUGGACCUACAGGAAUCCUGAAGAACCUCAGCCGUGUUUGUUAGAGCAGAUAAACAAAGCUUGAACUCAUAAGAUUUGCUCACCAUUAAAGCUUGAUUUAAUUAUUAAUGCUACUGGAAUCACAAAUCUGUAGUGUCUGAAAAACUGACUGAACUAUUGGUUGACCUCAUGCAAGAGAUCUUGGUGUCCAAAGUUGGACUAAUACUACACCAGGAACUCUUAAUUACUGCACAGGCACCUCAAGAUAAACAUGUUAUGAUGGCUGAAGACCUCAGAUUAACCCGUCCUGUUAUGCAACGACCACAUGACCUUGUUUUUGUGACCCAACUCAAAGUGUGGUCAAAAACACAUGGUUGAGAUAUGCUCGCAUAACUCCUGUUGUGUGACAGGCAAAUGUGUUUACAUGCUACACUAUUGUUAUACAUGCUCAGAAAUGAGACUACAAAAACUGUCACUGGGAUGAUACCUUUUCAAAAGAUUACUGCAGUUACAUUUCAGCACUUGGAGUGUGUGUAGUAGUACCUUUUGAAAGGGUGCCAUCCUAGUGACAGCUUUUGGAAGGUUUUUUUUUUUUUUGAGAGUGCAGAUGAUAAACAGCAGCAUCAUGAACCUGUUUCUGGUGAAACAGGUCACAGAUGUUGUUGUCUAGAGUAAACAUUGAUGUCUGCGCAACCAGAGCAAACUUGUGCGCCGAAAACAGCAUAAUUAAUACAGGCGAGUGUGUCAAUGAUUAACUCCUCUGAGGUCAUCAUGUCACUAUAAAACACAGCACACACGCACAGAGAGCAGAUCUGACACACCGCAGCAGAUAUUGGCUUCAACACAUCGCUUGUUCUGCUAUGAGAAGGCCGUGUGUGUUGGUGUUGUUGGUGAGCGUCGUCAUCUGUCCGGCUGAUCUUUCUCCGGUGAUCGGGACUGAACCCAUCCGCUGCGCUCCAUGUUCUCAGGAGCAGCUGGACUCCUGCCCCGCCGUGUCCUCGGACUGUCCAGAGGUGCUGCGAGAGCCGGGCUGUGGAUGCUGCAUGUCCUGUGCGCUGAAGAAAGGAGAGUCCUGUGGUGUUUAUACGGCUCCCUGCGGCGCCGGCCUGCACUGCGUCCCGAGACCCGGUGACCCGCGGCCGCUGCACGCACUGACCCGCGGACACGCCGUCUGCACUGAGGAUGACCAGACAGAAGAUGACCUGGACAUCACGUCUGACCAGGGCUCCCUGCAAUACCUGCUGGGACUCAACCGGCCGCUGGACCCGCAGGACGCAGCGGAGGCUCAGGAGAGCAUCAGGGCCAAAGUCAAUGCCAUCCGGAAGAAAGUGAUCCAACAGGGUCCGUGUCACACUGAGCUGCGUGCGUCUCUGGAUCUGAUCACUGAAUCGCAGCAGACGUUAGGAGAGAAGUUCACCAGCUUCUACCUGCCCAACUGUGACAAGCACGGGUUCUACAAGACCAAACAGUGUGAGACGUCUCUGGUGGGCCAGCCCCCCCGCUGCUGGUGCGUGUCGUCCUGGAACGGGAAGAGAAUCCGUGAGGAUCUGGCGUCUGAUUCCCAGUGUCCUCAGGAGCUCACGCACUGAACCCAAGCUGCAGCUCACGUACCUUGUGUAUAUGGCUCUUAUGUGGUUAAUGUUUCUGAACUAGUCUUUGAUAGAAUUCUACCUGAAUGAAUGAAAUAAACACUAGAAAACAUGGUGUUUUUCAAACUCCACCUCAGCGAGAUCUGGGUCUUGAAAAACUCAGAGAUCAAAUCUUUACGCUCCACGAUGAGGUUCGUUCAACAGUAUGAUAUUUUGUGACAAGUCUGUGAUUCUGUCUCAGUCUUUGUUCUCUGUGGUUUUUCCUGACAACUUUAAUUCCGUUAAACCAUUUUUGCACAGCAAAUGUUCAGCGUGAACCUGUUUGGAUGUGGAUUUUCUGUAAACCGUUUGAUUUGUUUGUUUUCUGUAAGCUCAGUUUUAAUUGCUAUUUUAUUUGACUGUGUUUAAAACAGAUGUCUACCUCACAUUAGACGUGACGUCUUUAUGGACUCCCUGAAUGCAUUUAACAUAUUUAAGAGUGCUGCUCUAUUUAUUCUGAAACUAUUAUUUUAUUGGAUAUAAAUAUAAUGCAUAUAACCUCAUGAAUUUAUUUCAAUAAAGAGUGAGAUUGUACAGGA